AUGGGGCUAGGGCGUCUGAAAAAGACGGUGCCACCGUCGCCGAUCUAUGAUACCCCGAAAACUCUGAUCAACGGCCACAACUGCGAGAAACCAAGAGCUAAAGUUGUGUCGUGGAAGCCAAAAUCUAGCCAAGCUUAUGGAAAGAAACAGAUCCAUACUGAUACUAAGAAGGGCAUAAUGAAGAAGAUUAAUGCCAAAGAAUCUGACGGUAGAAUUUCUCCUACUAAGGAGAUUACUAAGAUUGUAGAUGACCUUAUUCACCCCCUGGUAAGGUUAAAGAUGCUGAAAGGGAAGGAUUGGGAAGGUCCUUUAGAAGGAAGAUCUAACUUCAUUCUUUUGCAUAAGAUGAAGAUAUUGAAAGUUGUGCUCUAUAAGUUGAACAAGCCCCUGAUUCUUGCUAAACAAAAUAUUGUUUUGGCUAGAUAUAGGCUUUCCACUUCUCAGGCUACCUUGGCAGCAGAUAGGAUGAACAACCAGAAAAGCCAAGAUGUUAAAGUGUGCACUGAGGAGCUUAUUUAUUGGAAUGAAAUUGAUGAUUUUACUUUAAGGUAG